UCUCUCUCGGUUUAUCUGUCUCUAAAUCUCUCACUCUCUCUCUACCUAUCUCUAUAUCGCUCUCUUAUAUCUAUCUCUCUUUCGAUAGUACCUUGUAACAUCCAACCAAUCAGGAGAAGGAGUCAUAUCUUUGUGCAGCAACAGUUCAUAUGAUUUAUGGACGUCCCACUGAAGAACACGUCCCUGGUUUAAUGAUUGAUCCUUCACCACUCCAAACAACUCCCCAGCAUGCGAGUAAAUGAUCAUCUGUGGUGCUGAAGAGCAACGUGACAGGAGUCCAAUAACAUUGUGAAACAGCACAUGAAUUAAAGGUCAGGUCUAAACGCCCAUCGCGUUUUUUUCUUCAUCCAUUCGUUUACCACUCCUGCCUGUGGCAUAUUCUAAGGUUGAAAUUGGACCUUGGACUUUUGAGUCUUGGCCUGACCACAAACUCAGCGUGAGAGUGAAAUUUGACAUUUUUUUCCCACCAGAUAAGUGUGAAAAUGGGUGAAUGGGGAUUUCUGUCCAAGCUUCUGGAUAAGGUGCAGUCGCACUCCACCGUCAUCGGGAAGGUAUGGAUGACGGUGCUCUUCGUCUUCAGGAUCAUGGUGAUUGGAGCUGGGGCUGAGAAAGUGUGGGGGGAUGAACAAAGUAAAAUGGUGUGCAACACCAAACAACCGGGUUGUACCAACGUGUGCUAUGACCACGCGUUUCCCAUUUCCCACAUCCGCUUCUGGACCAUGCAGAUCAUCUUCGUGUCCACUCCGACGCUCAUGUACCUGGGUCACGUCAUGCACAUCCUACACAAGGAAAAGAAGCUCAGGAAUUAUCUCCAGAACCAAGCUAAUGGUCAGGAAAACAAGAUGCCCAAAUACACCAAUGACAAGGGAAAAGUGGAAAUUAAAGGCAAAUUACUGGGUAGUUACUUAACCAGCGUGAUUGUUAAGAUCUUGCUCGAGGCUGCAUUUAUAGCAGGGCAGUACUAUCUGUAUGGUUUCGUUAUGCUCCCUAAAAUUGUAUGCACUCGAUACCCGUGUCCCUACACUGUAGAGUGCUUCAUGUCUCGUCCCACUGAGAAAACCAUCUUCAUCAUCUUCAUGCUGGUCGUCUCCUGCGUGUCUUUGCUGCUGAACGUUGUCGAGAUGUUCUACCUGAUUUGCUGCAGAAAACGUACUAAGCUGAGAAUAACCUCGUAAAGUGUCUUACUUUAAACGGACAAAAGGGCCACAAAAGGAAGUUGUAUUAUUGUAAUACACUGCCCUGUAUGACUUUUUCUAUUUAAAAAUUUCAUUUCUUCUAGACAUCCGUUGAUUUUGUUUGCUUAUAUUUCUAGACAACUAGUCUGAUUUUAGUUUGUUACUUCACUGUGCACCUUUCCUUUUGGUUUUCAGAAGUUCAUGGACAAAUGCAGAACACAAAGACAUUCUCUCAUAAAUAUGAUUGUGUGUCCUUACCUUUGAAACAAGUGUUUUUUUUUUUUUAAUAAAAUGCAUAUUAACUCUGAAAGUAUUAUACAUUUCAUUCAGCACUAGUUGACAUGGUUCCUUAAGAAAUCUUUGGAUAAAUAACAGCUCCAUAUUUAUCAUUUUAUCCAAACUGGGUAACUGUUAUACUGUAUGUGUAUGUAAUCCUGUAACAAACCCUUUGACAGAGUGUUUCAUAAAUAAUAUAUAUAUAUAUAUAUAUAUAUGAGUGGU